CGGCGUGACGGGAGAACAGCGUAAUGGCGGAACGAGCGAGGGCUACCGAAGUAUGCGUCGACCCAGGUUGCGCCUCAUCGCCGUGAGUUGAGACGACCGCGACGCGUAAAAACGAGCGAGCGAGUCACGCGCCACGCGUGAGGAUCCGUCACCGAGGACGCUGAUCGUUUGUGAUAUUCGCCGAGUCCCCCGCCGCGGCACGAUGAUGAAUAAUCGCAGGCGGAGCAACAACUUCACGUACGUCAGCUCGUGCGUGAAGUACAUGAUCUUCAUGCUGAAUUUCGUCUUUUGGCUGUUUGGCGGACUGCUAAUCGGCGUAGGUCUCUAUGCGUUCGUGGACAAAUGGCAGGCAACUGGAUCUGUCAGGGUGGAGAACGUCUACGACGUGGUCCUGAAUAUCUCCCUGGUGAUGCUGAUAGCCGGCGGAGUAGUCUUCGUCGUUAGUUUUGCGGGAUGCGUCGGAGCCCUUCGCGAAAACACAUGCCUUCUUAAAUUCUACUCGCUGUGUCUUCUGGUAUUCUUCCUUUUGGAGAUGGGUGUGGCGAUCGUCGGUUUUGUGUUCCCGCACACGUUGCAAUCCCUCUUGGAAGAGUCCUUCACGGACAAAAUAAUUCAGACGUACAGAGAAGAUCCGGAUUUGCAGAAUUUCAUCGAUUUUGGCCAGCAAGAAUUCAAGUGUUGUGGCCUGAGUCAAGAGGGAUACCUAGAUUGGGGGAAGAAUGAAUAUUUCAAUUGCACUAGCCCCAGUGUGGAACGUUGCGGUGUACCGUUUUCUUGUUGCAUAAACGCUACUGAUAUAUCCAGCGGACUUGUAAAUAUAAUGUGUGGCUACAAAGUCCAGAUGUUACCAGUGUCGGAAGCAAGCAAGAAGGUGUGGACCAGCGGAUGCAUCGAGAUCGUGCGUAGCUGGGCGGAACGUAAUCUCUACACGAUAGCUGGUAUCGCUCUGGGCAUCGCGCUCAGCCAGCUCUUUGUGAUCUACCUCGCGAAAACGCUGGAGGGCCAGAUCGAGCUGCAGAAGUCCCGCUGGCAUUCCUGAGCUUGACUUCAGGCCACCUACCGUUAUCAGAUACAUUCUGCAGCCAAUAGGCAGGUGGCCAGCGGCGGCCGAUCGCGCGGAUCGCAGGACACAGAGACAAAUAUAAACGCGCGAAUGGCACUCCUCGUUCUCUUUGCGAUCUCUUUAUAUAUACUGUGCAUUUUGUCCCUCAUCAAGCUCGUCCUUUAUUUCAAGAAUUACUUUCACCUGUACGUGAGUAAAGGAUAAUACGUCGCCGGCAGUCGACGAGCUGUCUUCGUACGCUAGAGGAUACGUUCGCGAUCGAAGGCAUCGAUAAAGAUCUUGCAUAAAGAUUAUAUUACAUACGUGGGUGCAGAAAUGGUGUCCCGUGUGCGUUCACAAUCAGCGGUAAAAGCUCUUUUUAAUACUCAGGAAAGCAUACCUUCUUGCUUACAUAGUUAAUUGCAUGAUUGAAAUGCUUCGCGUUUGCAUCGGCGAGUCACGUGUCAUGCGAUCAUGCUCUUGUGAAUGUUGCACGGGACACGAUUAAUGCAUUCGGUUCCUGUACAUGCGACUGGUAACUCGAAAUGACAAUUAAAGACAAAAGUGAGAGACAUUUACCAUGAUAAAUUCUGUAAUAAGCAUGUUACAUUGCGCUACAUCAUAGCAUUAUAGAAAAAUCGCUGAAUUUGAUGAUUACAUAUAACAUCUGUUUCUCGAGCGUUAUUAUUCUUCUAUCGAGCCAAUUUGUAAUCUUUCAAAUUUUUUUCAUUUUCAUCGCGAUUUCAAUAUAUGUACUUCAUGCAAUGUACUUUACGCAAAAGUAACUUGCUUAAAUUAAAACAUUCAGAUCUGAUGUCAUCUUUCUAACGCGUAGUUUUACUGCAAUGUAUGAAUUCUAUAAUUUGCAGCACAAUGACACAAAGUUGUUUUAAUGGUUAAUAUUAAUGUACUAUUAAUAAUAUUAAUAAGUGACAUAGGAGCUUGUUUCAUAAGACUUCAGAUAACGAUAACGUCGUGUGCACAUUUUCGCAUAUGUUACUUCCAUUGAGAUAUGUAAGUUAGAACAUAAUGAAUUUGAGAUUAGAGUAUCAUCUGUGUAAUUGAAUCUUCAGAAAUCAAUUUGCUCCAUUAGCUAGGUGUAAAAUCGUCGGAUUAUUUUGAUUUCUUUUCCUACAUUUAAAUAUUUUUAAGCAUUAAACGCGUUCGAUCAUAGAGCAACAUAUAUAUAAGCAAUUUUUGCUUAUAUACUUUUUCUUUUACAAUUGAUAAUUACGAAUGUAUUGUUCUCCUAUAAAUAAGUGGAUGUACGUGCACUGUUGAACUUACGAUAUUGAUAAUUAUUAAUGGUGAUUCUCAUUCACUCGUAGUGUAUGCGAUGCCAUAUCUGUAUUAUGAAAUCAUGAGCGCACAUUUAUUUGAAUACAAUAUUAUUAAUUUAUAUUUCUCUGUUGCUAUAUUAGCAUAACUCGUGUAUAUGAGACAAGAAACGUCCAGUGCCAAAGUCAGAAUAUCUCUUUUUUUUACAACAAAUCUGACAAUAAUCUGGUAUAAAUGAUUUGUUUAAUGCAUUUAGAUGUCUCUUUGUCAAGAAUAAAUGUAAAACUGAUAUAAAACCUUCUAGUUUGUAAUAAACAAGUAUUAUUCUAA